CGCUCAAGCGUAGCCAACAGCAGCCGGUCCGGUUGGCGUUGUACGUACAUAAUCAGUUGCACUUGGUUGGACCGUUCGUCAUUCGCAGUUGAACGUUCAGGAAAGUAGACCGUCGUGAUUUUCGUUCUGCCAAGUAGAAGGAGGACUUAAGCGGUCCCAUUAAAAAAAUUAGGGUGUGAGAAUUCAAAGUGCACAAAUACUGUGAAUAGCUACUUAAUUUUGCAUCAAAGAUGCAUGCUAUUAGUAAGGUUCUAGUGGUUCUGGCGGCGGUUAGCCUAGUGGCAGCCAAGGUGUACUUCAAGGAAGAGUUUAAAGAUGACUCAUGGGAGAAGAACUGGGUUCAGAGCGAACACAAGGGCGUGGAGUAUGGAAAGUUCGUUCGAACGGCUGGAAAAUUCUUCAACGACGAGGAUAACGACAAAGGUCUUCAAACGUCGCAGGAUGCCCGUUUCUACGCCAUGUCGACCAAGUUCGAACCGUUCUCGAACAAGGACGACACGCUGGUGAUUCAGUUCUCGGUGAAGCACGAGCAGAACAUCGACUGCGGGGGCGGAUACCUGAAGGUGUUCGACUGCAACGUCGACCAGAAGGAUCUGCACGGCGAUACGCCCUAUCUGGUGAUGUUCGGUCCGGACAUUUGCGGUCCAGGUACCAAGAAGGUGCACGUAAUCUUCAGCUACAAGGGCAAGAACCACCUGAUCAACAAGGACAUCCGCUGCAAGGACGACGUCUACACUCACUUCUACACACUGGUGGUGAAGAGCGACAACACGUACGAGGUGCUGAUCGACAACGAGAAGGUUGAGUCGGGAUCGCUAGAGGACGACUGGGACUUCCUGGCACCGAAGAAGAUCAAGGAUCCGGAGGCCAAGAAGCCAGAAGAUUGGGAUGACCGUGCUACCAUUGCCGAUCCGGAAGACACCAAGCCAGAGGAUUGGGACAAACCAGAGCACAUCCCAGACCCAGAUGCCACCAAGCCGGACGAUUGGGAUGACGAAAUGGAUGGCGAAUGGGAACCACCGAUGAUCGAUAACCCCGAGUACAAGGGUGAAUGGAAACCGAAGCAGAUCGAUAACCCCAACUAUAAGGGAGUCUGGGUGCACCCGGAAAUUGAUAACCCAGAAUAUGUCGAAGAUAGCAAUCUGUACCUGCGCGAAGAGGUUUGCGCUGUUGGUUUGGAUCUGUGGCAAGUCAAGUCCGGAACCAUCUUCGAUAAUUUCCUGUUCACGAAUGACGUCGAAGAAGCAAAGAAGGUCGCUGCCGUUUUCAAGGAAACCCAGGAGGGCGAGAAAAAGGUGAAAGAAGCCCAGGAGGCUGAAGAGCGAAAAAAGGUAGAAGAAGAAGCCAAGGCUGCGGAAGCCGAAAAAGAUGACGAAGAUUUAGAUGAUGAAGAGGACGAUGAUAGCGCCACUGGAGAGGCGAAUGAAGUGGAUGAGGAAGGACAUGAUGAGCUGUAAGCAUCGAGAAAAAAAAGAGAGCUACAUCGGGAGUAUCUCCGGCCAGGGGAUGUGCAUUUAAACUACCCUCUUCAAAACGACAUUUUAAGUAACCGUCGUUUAUCCCUAGUUUGUGUUUUUUUUUCAUGUUUUUGUUAUGAUGCAGUACGGAGACUAUGUUCAAAUAGUCGCUGUUGUUUAUCUCAGACAAGUCAGCGUUUUUUUUUGCGAGCAAAAACUUGAGUUGCAAGAAAAGCAGGGAACUCUAUCGCACCAGCCGUUAGUGCUUGUAUUGAACAUAUGAAAUGAAUAAGUCUGAAAAUCAUUUUAAGCGAAAAUGUGGGAUUCGCAGCGCGACAGCGAGCUGCAAAAAGAAACGGUCGGCUUUGCGUGCCUGCUUUGUGACUGCGAGCUACUGAAUGAACCAUGAUUUAGGUGUAUGAUGUGCGUGUAUAUAAGUUUCUUCUCUGUUUAAUUCAAAUUGAAUUACUUUUAGAAUCGUAGGAGAAAAAAAAAUCGAAAUAAAUUCGCUGAACAUUGA